UUCUCCGAGAAGAGCUUUAAGAAGUCUUGGAGGAGACAGAGAAGAACGAAGGUAAGCUGCUGUGACUAUCUGCUACCAGCCCGCUGGUUUGCAGAGGAACCUUUCACCGGAGCUCCACUAACUGCUGGGUUGGCAGAAACUCAGCGGACGGAUGUUUUUAUCACGAGUUGCAGCCUCCAGCCAGCUGCUGCAGCCCCGAGCUCCACAAAGACCUGCACCAAACCAACUCCUUUUCUGCUAAAUCUGGUGAGCUGUGGUGGGACGUGGUCCUCUCCGUCCGUUGAGCCUGCUGCCAUGGCUCGGUACCUGAGGUAUUUCACCACUGUGGGCGACGAGCAGCCGGGCCAGUGGGAGGAUGAAGAGCUGCACGUGGCCAGUGAGGACCUGAGUCCGGCCACAGGACAGUUUCCAACGACGCUGACCUUCCAGGACUCACUGAAGCGGCUCUACAGCUCUGACCGCUUCCAGGUGCUGGUGGUGUGUUUGGUCAUCCUGGAUGCCAUCUUUGUCCUGGCAGAGCUGCUCAUAGAUCUGUCCGUCAUUAAGCUGGAACAUGGCCACAUUGCUCCCGAGGUGUUCCACUACCUGAGUCUGGCUCUUCUCACGUUCUUCAUGGUGGAGCUGGCUGGAAAGCUAUUUGCUUACCGUCUGGAGUUCUUCCAGCACAAGUUUGAGGUGUUUGAUGGUCUGGUGGUGGUGGUGUCCUUUGUGUUGGACAUCGUCUUCAUCUUCCACGAGGAUGCCUUUGAUGGGAUGGGCCUCCUCAUCCUGCUGCGACUCUGGAGGGUGGCCAGGAUUAUUAACGGGAUCCUGGUGUCAGUGAAGACCCGAGCAGACCAGAGGAUCCACAAGCUGAAGGAGAGCUACGACCACCUCGUGGAGAGAGUCACGCAGCUGCAGGAGCGCAGUGAUAAACUGGCACAAGAAAACCAGAAGCUGCAGGCCCUUCUGAAGCAGCACGGCAUAGACUUCUAACUCAUCCAGCUAAACGUUGCGGCGCUACUGUUCACCGUCAUUCAGAUCCUCCACCUUUCUGCACCCCUUUUUAAUCCUGUCACAAUCUAUACUGUGUGAUAAACCUUUAUAUUACCCCUGAUCUCAUUAUCCCACCGACCUUUAUUGUUGUAUAAGUAACUGUAGAGAGAUUAUGUUUUUUUUUUUUGAGAAUCUGCAUUUAUAGAUCCACACACAGUCGUUGCUGUCAUUGUAUUGAUGGAAACCACUUCAGGUUGUGUGAUUAUCCAAUGAAUUCCAGAUAUAUAGAAGCUACUGGAUGUUGUUCCAUGAAGUUUAACACACUUGUAAAUAUGUGAAAUCUUUCACAGACUGAUAAAUGUGUACAUACAAAUACAUUUAUAUCUGCUUAGUGGGAUUUCAAAGUACUGUAUGUUGUGCAGAGCAGAUUUAAAGAAAUGAUUUCAGUGACGGAUACAUGAAUGAAAUAAAUAAGUGAUUUCAUUUAAAUCUCA